UUACUCAAUCUUAGAGCAAGUGCUGCACCAUUGAACACAGGCACUGAAUGAUGCUAGAAGUAGUUUUUUUUUCCUGGCAGAGCUUUGUAUGUGCUUAUGAGAUAGAUGGACAGAGCAGCAUUUCGUAUUUGGGGGGCUUCUAAAAUCAAUGCCUUCUGCAUGAGAUACCAGGCUAUUAUGUCAAAAAUAUAUCAUUUCUUUAAAAAAAAAUUGAAGUCUAUCUUAGAUGAGAAUACAUUUUGCACAAUAUGGGAUUUUCUAGACUCCUGGAUUUUUAACAAUGCUUGGAUACCAAUCCUGUUUUUAAUUUUCUUGGGUGUUGCUUUUGAGAUAAUCCUUGUAAGAACUUGUGAAUUCUUUAAGAAAAAGCUUGAAUUAUGGGAAAAUGAAAGUUCGUGUGCUCAGAAGAAUGAAGAUGUUUUCCCAAAAGGAAUGACAUUUGCUAUAGAGAGCUGGUCCAUUUCCCAGACAUCGUCAGCAGAAAGAGUUGAAACCUUUUCAGGAAGAAUAACAACUAGUUCUCCAUCUGCGGAAAAUGGAGAUAACACUAGCGAAAGAACCUUUUCACCCUACGAAUGUGAAUAUCAAGGAAGUCAUUUUUGUGAAAGUCACUCAUCUUCAGGUGGGACCAGUACAUCUUUGUCAAUGUUUUACUCAGAAGUAAAUAAAAUUUUCAUGAGAUCCUUUCACAGAAAAGAUCCACAAAGUGAAUAUCAAACAAUACAAUUUUCCUCUAAUAAAUUACUUCCAAUAAUGAAAACCAACAGAACAAAAAACAAAUUUCCUGAUGCUCUUAGUUUUCAAAGCACAUUUAAAUUUACAAGAGAUAAGGAUCUCAAUGUGACACCAUGCCCUCCUGUCCAUUUAUUUCUUUCUAGCGACCAAAUUAGACAUGUGGAAGAAAAUGUAAGAAGGAAAAUCCCUGUGAACCCCAAAGCUAUAUCAGUGAGGGAAGAUGAUUGUCUGCACCCCAGCUAUCAGGAACCGUUGAUUCAUUAUCAACAUUCUAAAGAAGUGGUUAUUCCUGCUGAAGCACAAGAUACUUUAUCAGACCAAAGUGCUAUGCAGAAUCAAAUGAUUCAUGAAGCACAGUUUACUAACCAAACUCAACCAUUUAUUUAUAACCAAGAGUCAGUCAGCAGCCAGCCUGAUUUUGUUCAGCCUCUAUAUUUUAUGAGACUGCCAUUUUCUAACAGCUUACAAGACUCCUUCCAGGCCCAACAAAUAGACCAUAAAGAUAAAAGCCAACAUUUCAUCCAUAUCCCAUGUAUUGUUGAAGAUUCAACCAAGGGCAUAGAGUCUGAUGAACAUUUCAGUGAGACCCAAUAUUCUGUUUAUUUAAAUGACCAAAACAAGAGUAACCAUUUAGUUAAAGGGAAAAAUAGUGUUUUCCAGAAUGCUGAAUUUCUAUCUUUAAGUUCAAAUUCAUUUGUUGAACCUAUGCCACAACAAAAGAUAAUACCAGGCCAAGAGCCAGUGGCUUCAUUGGAAUCAAACCAGUUUUAUGCAUACAGUAUAAUAUCUCUUUCACCUACCAUUAAAAGGCAGAAAAACAGGAGAAAAAUACCAGACAAUGAAAGAAAACUCAGUCUUAAAUUUCCAUCUCCAAAAGCAAAGAAAAUCUCUCGUUCACGGGUGUUUCCAAUCAUAGUAUGUCAUACUUCAGAAAAUAAGACAGAGUUAAGGUGCAAGAAAAAGAAAAUAGCACACCAAAGGAAAGUAAUGUCAGAUAGAGCUUUGCAUCUUAUUUCUGUCUCUAAGCUUAUCAACCUCCAGGUUAAAAAGUAUUUCUUUAAAAAUCUAGUAGCAGUCAUACCAGACUUUAAAAAAUGUGAACAUUUUCUGAAGGGGCAAAAUAAGUCACUAGAUACAGAGAAAAUAAAUUAUGCAAGUUCUACUGAUAGAGUAAGCUUGGGCAUUAUUAAAAACAUAGAACAUGUGUUCAUUGUCAACACUCAUGAAAUGAAAGCUCCUUGUUCAUUAUUUGAAACAGACAGAGAGAGUAAGGAGUCUAAUGAGGACUCAGUUCAGCAGACAUUUGACCUGAACAUUCCAAAGCAUGAGGGGCUUUCAGAAGUGUCAUCAGACUCUGCACAGAAAGAUGUUUCAUUUCCCCACAUAGAAUCGAACAAAGGAAUGAAAGUACAGAAGGGCAUACAAAGUACAGAGAAUGUAGAGAAGUUAACAGUCAGUACACCGAAUGUGCAAAGGUGCUUUUUGAAAGAUGGUGUACAGAAUGCCGAAAAUUCAGUGGAGAUCACUCUGAACUUCCUGGGUACCAAUUUGCUUAUUUCCCUGGGACCUGAAAAGCAUGUGAAAAAUGAAUUAAAAGACAUGAAUGUUCAAGUGAUUACAGGAAGCAAAAAUCUGAAGGAAGAGAAGCCAUUAACAGUUAAUAUUACAGAAUAUGGUAACCCAAAUGAUAGUGAGAAGAUGGAAUGUGUCACUAGAAGCAAUAAAAAAAAUAGACAUCAUGAUGAAAGGAUGUCAGAUACCUCUCAUAAUACCAUGCAGGCUGCCAUUUCUGAACCCUUUGAUAUGGAAAUAUGUAACAAAUUAAAAGCUAAUGCAGGCACACCAACAAUAAAUUGUAGUCACACUGCACUAAAGCAAGAAAAACUACUAGAUGAAAAGAAAAUACAGGAAGUAAAGCAUGCUGAUAAGAGUCCUAUGGUUAGAAAACCACCACGUGAGUGGGACUGUGAGGAAGAAGAAAAACGUAGAGAGACAGUUCGACUACUGGCAGAAGUCAGCGUAUAUCUGAAGCAAAAGGACAAAUGUGCCCAAUUUGAAAUGGAACAGAUUCAUUUGGGAAAUAGAAAAAAUCAAAGUAAAGAGAAAGAAGUACAGUCACAGACUAUUUCUACACAGACCAUAUGGGAGACUAGUCCACGUCCCUUGACAAAUCCACUACAAGUUGAGGAAGUGAAGCAAAGGACAGACAAACCUAUAGACAGAGAGGAGGCUGCAGGUCCCAUGCACUCACCUUUAAUGCCAGAGAACUUGCCUGUUGGUGAGUGUUUAACUGAAACAACAGAAUGUAGGGGUCCACUUUGUGGAAAUCCCACAAAAACAUUGGAUGGUCAUAUUAUAGAAGACAAAGAAGACUUGAAAAAGGACCAAUGUUCAGUUGCCACAGGACCUUUGAAAGUCAGAAAAAAAUCAUCAGGACCAAAAAAUGUACGAGGUGUCAAGCACAAAAUUAUAAAAGUGAAAAAAACUAAAUUUUCCCUGAGGCUUUCUAUCACUGCACGUGACAUUCUGCACCACAGGAGAAAAGUGGAAAACAGCUUUGAAAACAUCACUAAACAAAUGCUAUAUGAUGUAACAUUGGGACCUGGACUUCUGAAUGUUCACCCUCAGAGGUUUAUCAUUCACAAUAAUAAAACAAACAUCAAGAAAACACCCCAAAAAACCCAAAUUGAAAAGAAAGAGAAUUUAGAUCCCCUCAAUAAAGAAAGUGAAGCUGUAAAUACUCUAGAAGUUCACUUGCGCAGUGGUGUGAAAGCGGUAGGGCAAGUGCUGCCAGAGACUGUGACUCAUGUAAAGAAGAGCUUCAGAUUUGAUGCACGUCCAGUGAAGGAGAUUAAAAUGGAGAAAGAAAUGUUUCAAGCAAUAUCUUUCACAGAAGCAAUUAGGAAAUCAGCUGACUCACCGAGAAUGGAUUCAUUUUGUGUUGCAAAUACAAAAAAUAGCACAUCUACACAGACAGAGCUCCAAUAUUGUACAGAAUUAGAGUUGGGUCCUCCAACAUCAGGAAAAUUAUGGAUGGGAGAAUCUCUGAGCCAAUCAAGAGAAAGUAAUGUUCCAAAUAGUGGGAAUGAUUGUGGUUUUACCCAAAAAGCUUUCUCGUGGUCUUUAAAUAACUGUAUGCCUCUUUUGACUCAUUCUAAAAAGAAGAAAGAACGAACAAGACUCACAAAUACAAGUACAGUGAGGCUCAAGUAUACGAAUAAGGUGAAACCACCAGUGUCAAAGACCUUCAAUAUCACAGGCAAUAAAAAGAAGUCAAAAUUGGACCUCAAGACCAAAUUAAAAAGAACAAACCAAAAAAAAGCACUUUUACAUGAAUGUCAAAACACUCUUUGCUUAUCCAUCCAUAGAAGAUUGAAGGGAGUGUUCUGUCAUGCUCUACUAAAGCAAAGAGGGCUACCAAACAAAAUAUGUGUUGAUUGUGUUGUUGAGAGUAGUGCCUUCUACAAAAGAAAGAAAAAACUUCAAGAAGAGAAACAAAACCCUUUUAUACAAGCAGCUCCACAGCAUGGCAAACACCAGUGGGCUGAUGCAGAUCAAAGGAAGGACACUCUCCAAGAUGAGCCAGACCCAUCACCCAUCUCUUUAAGUCAAGAACAACUUGCUAACAGUCAGAGUAUAAAGUUCCAGAAAGAUUCCCUGCAAAGUGCUCUGGAGACCAACCCACAAAUGGCUCCCAUCCAAGCUAAAGGAUUACAGAAAGCUACCAAAACAGAAAAUGACAUAAACUUACCUGUGGUUCCUAAAAUUUUAUCUCCUGAAUCAGGGAACUCUUCACCUGGUGAAUUUACAAACAUGACAGAUGACGAUUUAGAAUCUGACAACAACUCUGAACAUGAACUAGAUUUGUAUCCUGCAGAAAAAGAUUCAGAGACAUCAAGUCUGCAGGUGACAUUCCUGCAGUCUUCUGAUUCUGUUACAAGAUCCUUUGUUUCUAGACCUAAAGGGAAGAGAAAAGCACUAAGGUCAAAGAAGCAGAUAACAGUGAGUCAAAAAUGUAGAGCUAUGAGGGAAAUAAAACCAUCAGUUUCACAAACAGGUAACUUCAGGUACAGCAAAAAACUAAAACGACACAAAGAAAUGAAAGAUCCACAGCAAACGGAUAACAUAGCAGGUGCCUGUUUGGACAUUGUUCACUACAAGGUAUAUAUUUUGCCCAACAAAAAAAUUAUAAGUUCAAAACCAUGGGCAGAUAAACAGAGAAGAAUAAGAAGACUUGGUCGAAUGCAGCGAAUGCAAGAGAAGUCACCAAAUGGAAGAAAUGCACGCUGUCUAGGUUCUGCUGAUUUGAAUAGUUCCUCUAGCAUGAAGAAGUAUGAAGAGGAAGGAGAAGAGGAACUAGAACAUUUCCUGAUCUCAGAAAAUAGCCCUAGCCUUAUAUUUGAUAUGUAUCAAGAAAAAGACCAUGGCCUUGUUAGAUCAGAUAAACAACUGAACCAACUAGGGAGAACAAUUACUCAGGUACAACCACAAACACCUACAGAAGUUAUUUCCUGUUCUACCCUAUGCUCUAUCCCAGAUGAAUUACAAUUAGAAAAGCUGGAGGGCUGUUUCAGUGUUUCCCCUCUAAAGUUCAGGGAAGUCAAGGACAAUGCAUUAUCUGAAAGAGAAAGUGAUUUAUCUGAUGGAAGGCGAUACAAGGAACAGGCUGCUGACAGUGAAAAGGAGGCAAAGGAACUAUUAGCCUCAUACACUAAUCCAAACCUUAUCAGGGAAAUAAAAUGUGACUCAACCAAAAUGAAAGGCAUGUAUCAAGAGAAAAAAAUUGCAGAUGAAACAUCCUCUUUGACAAAUGUUGCACUGGAUAUUAAUAUGAGUAGCAAGAUAGAAACAAGAAAAGGCACUCCAAGCAAAAAAACACCCUGUUCUAUACAAAGGAAGCCAAAGAUACUGCUUCAUGAAGCGAGGGUUACUUCAGAUGACAUCAAAGAAAUUGAUCUCCAAGAUAAAGAAGAAAAGAAAAAUGAUAAUGACACAUUAUUGAAGUCAUUCCCACAGUAUAGCCAACAUUUUGUAAUUUGUUCACAUCAAAGCAGGGAUCCUAACUCUCACAAAUUAAGAAAACAAAGAGGGAGGAACAAUCUGUUCAUUGUGGAACAGGACAUUCCACAGCAGAGUCAGUCAGCAGAUCUAACACGAAGAGAGCAUGCCAUGUGUACAUCAAGUUCAAAGAUUCCUCCCAUACAAUCAGGAGAAUUACAAAUAGAUAAAGUUAAGACUGAUAGAACAAAAUAUGACAUCCCUAAUAAUGGUACUCUUGCACAGAAACUGAAUAGCUGGAAUAGAUUGGAAAGAGAAGGGCUUCAAAAUGACCUACAAGCAACUAUCACAGAGUCUUUGAAUCUCUCAACCCCUGAUGUACCGAGAUCAAAAAGGAAGAGCAAGGUAUCUACAUGCAAAGCCUUACAAGGUAAAAUGUGUUCAACUGGUAUAACUAUGAAAGGAAGGAAAACAUCUGUUUCAAAGUUAUUGACUAUUCCACAGUGUGGUCAUAGAAACAAUCUACUUCCAAAAACUUUGAAAUCACAGAUUUUUGAAUUAUUAAUACAUUCUGGUGUCUUACCUGAUAGUCUUAAUAUAAUAAUAUUGAAAGAUCCAACAGCAGAGGGAAAAAAAGGAUUAUUAACCCAAGAACUGGCAACAACAAUGUUAGAGUCUUUGGGUUUCUCCAUACCUACAUCAAAAGAAAGAGAGAAUUUAAAACUCAUGGACAAGGUAAAUGAAAUGAGUAAGAACUCUCUGACUGUCAAAACCAGGAAGGAAGCAAUCUCCCAGACACUUAUUACUGCAGAAUGUAGAACACCAAAACAAGGUAUACCCAUGGCAGGUUCAUCCCUACAUGCCAUCUUCUCUCCUAUGCCUGUGUCUCUUAAUACAUGUGAUGGGAUAAAAGAUAGAGAUACAAUGUGGACAAUGAGAUUUAGUCAUGAGUUUCAUGACCAGUCAGUACAUAAAGAGGGAGCUUGGUGUACACACUACUUGGACAAGGAUACUACCUCAAAUGGCACCAAAGAUGUAAAAGGUCAAAGUGGUGAAGAGCACUCACUGACUUCCCAACACUUCAGUUUCAGUGCUCAGAAUAUGACAGGGCCUAAUUCUGUGAAAUCUGGUUUACAACUGAUUAAUUCAGCAACUUAUCCAGAGUUAGAGAGAACUCUAUACUAUGGUCAAGCACAGACAGUCAAUGUGAAUAACCUGCAAAGCAGCAUGGUAGGUGUAAUGUCUACAUUUUUAAAUACAGAGGAAUCUGAGAUUGGCUCCAUACCAUGUGAUAACACCUGGGAUGAAAACACCAGGAGAAAAUGUGACUAUCCCAUUUUUGAACAAAAAGCAUGGACACAAAAAGAUUUAACAUCUUUAGAACCUUUACAGGAGCCCAGCCUUGUGUCAUUUGAAUACAAAUGUGAAAGCUGCACAUUAGAGUUUGCAGGCAAAAGAGAUAUGAAUCCCAAGGCAAGGCAAGCUUCAAGGCUGCUUAAUAUUGCAAGGCAUUUUACAAGAGUCCAUAGAAAGAAAAGGCACCAUAAUAGUAAACACUGGUUGAGAAAGGUUGAAUGUGUGGAAGAGGUGCUGCUUUAUGCUAUUGAAGAUGCUAAGAGUUGUCCACUCAAAUUCAUAACUGAUAAACUGUCACUUGAUACAGCAGCAAGGAUACCUAACAGAAUACCUCAAAGAUCUAUGGCAGAAGAAAAAGCAAAGUUACAAGCAAACUUAGCCACAACUUUCUUGGGACCUUAUAAUUUUCUCAGACCUCUUUUAUCUGACUUUAAAAGCCAGGUAAACACAGCAAAAUUAUCAGAAAAUGAAAUUUUGUUGAAUAAGAGGUUUUCAACUAUGAAGAAAAUGAAGCUAUCAAUUUCAAAGAUAAUUAAAAUAAAUGGAUACUCUAUCACAAACCAUAAGAAGAAAUCUAAAUUAAGAGCCAAAAUGAAAGCAAUGUGGAUUGGUGAAAUCAUAAAUGAUGUACUUCAAAACACCAUUCACUUCAUAUUAACUAACUCUAACAGGAAAGAUCCAUUUAAAACAGAGGUAGGUUUGGGAGUAUCAAACUUUACCCAUACACAGCCAACACACGGGAAGUCACCAGUUGAAGGCACAACAAAGUAUGAUGAUUCUGUUGACAAAAGUGGUUCCAACUUUUCAAAGAAAGCUAAACUAUAUGUUGGGCAAUGCUUGGAAGAGAAGCAAGAACUGCUAAUAGAAUCGGGUCCAUUUUAUACAAAAAACUUAGCAGUAAAUGCACAUCUCAUAAAGAAACCCAGUCUUGAGGAGUCAGAGAGAAUACUUUUAAGAGAAUAUUUACCCCAAAGAAGUCAAAUUUAUGAGGCUAAUCCAGAAAUUAAUGUAAAAAUAGAAAAUAACAGCAUGCACGUAAGCCUCAAAGAUGCACUCUCAAAUAUGGAUAAACCGCACAAUUGUCCAGAAGCCAGUGAACCAAGCAGUAACACUACCAAACAUGGAGUAAAGAAAACUGGCAAGUCUUUUUUAAAAGAAAAGUCUUCAUUUUAUUUGACAGGAAUUAUCACUUCUAUUGCCAGGCAUUUAGUUUCUUCCAAAGAAUUUAAAAAGCAGAUUGGUAACAUGAGAGUACCUGACCUGCCAGCUCAUAAAGGUAUGGAAUCAACAGAUUUACAGUCACCCCAUGAUGGAGACCAUGCUGCUGUAAACAUAAAUGAGACACAGGAUCUGAGAACCUUAGAGAUAAAAGUAGAUAAUGGUGAGAUAAACAUAGAUACGAAAUCCAUCUAUAUGUGUACGCCAAUUCAACAUAUAAAAACAGAGUCAUCACAUAGUAUAUGGGAUAUGUAUGAGGAAUCUGCAAAAAGAAAUUGCCUGGACAAACCAGAACUGAAGAGGAAAGAAGAGUGUGGACAGCUGCCAUUUGGAGCAGAUCAAAAGAGACAACCUGAUCCUCUCACAUCAGAAGUACUUUCCACUAACACAGUGAACUGCAAAGAUAGCACGCUUCAGAAAACAGCUAUUUAUCAAGAAGGAAAUGCAAAAGUUGGAGAAGAGUUUGGCCAAGAGGUUAUUCUUUCCUCUAAAACACAUACUCUUCAAAUUGAAAGGCAGAACAAUGAAUUUAAAACAGGAUGGAAAACAAAGUCUAAGUUUUUUGCCCUGCAAAAGAAACAGGAAAAACCUAGUAUCUUGGGACCUACAUGGAGUUCUUAUGCCUGUGACACUACCUAUCCUGAAACUAUAAGACAGAAAGGUAAGGCAAAAAAACCAAAUGUGAAAAGUUCUGUGUGUGCCAAACAAACAAAGCUGAAGGCAAAGAAAAUACCGGUUCCUCUACUUCUUGGACAUGGGGGCAGAAGCAAUAAAAAAGAACUGGGACGUAGCAUGCAGCACCAGAGCACAUUAGAACUGAGGAGAAAUGUACAAAACCUGAUUCUAAAAGGUAAUUUUGACUUGGGAUGCUUUAUAUCUCCAGUUAAAAAGCUUACCAGCAUAAAGCUGGAGAAAGGCAAGUUGGAAGAGAGAAAAAACGUUCUUCCACAGAUAAUUCUGGAGAAACCAUCCAGCCAAAGGCAAAUGUCAUGGUCAGGAUGUAUUGAUGUAUCUAGGAAACUAGAAGAAAAUAUUAAAGAGGUGCAUGAUCACUGCACUUUCAAGGACAUUCACCAGCAAUUUAUACAACAAUUUAGGGUUACGUCAGAAGAAAUUAAAGAGCAUCACUCUUACAAAUUAGAAAACUUACAAAGAAAGAUGAAUUCUGAGUUAACUUCACAGAAAGAUGAAACUGAUAACUUUGGGCUAGCUACCUUAAGAAGUAGAGGAGGAACAAAAGUCUAUACAGACCCACACGACAGCCUGCAACAGGAAUAUCCCCUGAAGCAAGGGAUGUGGAAACCAGGAAUGAUUCUUCAGCCUAUGAAGGGAUUUCCUCACUUUGGAAUGACAAAUGAAUUCAUAACAAAACAAGACAUCAAACCAUCAAGUCCACAGAGGAUAGGAGGACUGAAAGUAAUAGAUAACCCAUUAGAUUCAAAGGAAUCAUUGCUUGUUCCCAGGAUUACCGUACAGAAACAAAAUCCUUUUACAGAUCCUCUUCUGGAAUCCAUUCCCUCUCAUGUACCACACCAACUUCAUACUGAAGAGCUAAAGGAAAACAUGAAAAUAAGUGGCAAAACCUUAAAGACUUCAACUCAACAGCCAAAGAAAGUCUCAAACGCAGAAUAUAUUUCAGAUAUGGAUCACAUUCCAAGAAAUAUUGAAAAACUACUCUUGCUUAUUAAAGAGCAGGAAAAGAGGAGAAAAAAGAGUAGAGGGAGUAAAAAAAUUGAAAUAGUGGAAGACAUAAAAACAGCAACAAAGAAUACCAUUCCAUUUCUAAAUUAUUCACCACCUGGAACACAGUUUGUCAACACAAUAAAGAACAGUGGUGUGUUCAGGCAAAGAGAGGAGACAGAGCCAACCAGGAGUGUGGCCACAUUAUGGAGACAGCAAAGGUUGUGUGUACAAGGGAUCGGCCUAGACUAUGUUUAUACAGAUGAGCUUACUUCUAAAGUUAUAUGUCAAAACAGAAGAACAGCUUUCAUGGAAAGGAUCAUGUAUCACAAAAGGAUAAAAAUGAAGGCAAGGAAGACAACUUCUGGGAAGCAGCUCAACAUUACAGGGUAUAGAGCCCAUAGCUACAGAAAGGAACUAAGACACAGCAUUAAGACACAGAAGGAGCUGUCCCAAGGAAAAACUGUGGCCGAUUUGCUUUGGAAAGGUCUUUGUGCUUCUGAUAACAGUUCAAUAUCGAGCACUAUCAGAAAAUCAACACAAUAUACCAUAAAGCAAAAAGAACACCAAGUGGUUUUACUAGCUAUUACCCCACAAAAUAAAGACCAAUUAAUGACUGGUCAACAGGUGGAGGAGCCUAGACUUAUCAACUUCAAUGCCCAUUUGGAGAAAGAAGCAUACCAUGUCAUGUUUCCAGAGACUGGAGAAACCAAUUACAGUAAGCUUGAGGCUCAAAGACCCAGAUCAGACACAGAAUUUGAAUUCUCAACCGCACAAAGAGUAAAGCAAGGAGUUAUGAAAGACUCCAGCAAGCAUGCACUUUUAGUUCCACCCAGAAGAGGAGGACCUAAGAGGAUAAAUAUUUUAAGUUCCAGAGGACAUGACAUAUCUCUCAUGGAGCUGGAUACUUUCCAGAAAAAGACAGGUAAUGUGCAAGAACUGCUCAAACAAGAAAACACUUCAAGGGUAGGCUUGGAGUCUGUUGCCUGCACAGUUAGGGAGUCCUUUCACUUGGAAAACACAAAGGUAACUAAGGAAGUGGGUAUGUAUCAUAACAUAAAAAAUAUUUCCCAUCUAUUUGGAUUAAGAAAAACUGACACAGAACUAGGUUUCAAAGCACAGGCAUUUCUCUGCACAGAUCUAGAGGAUCUACACAAAACAGGUACCGCUCAGAAAGGCCAUGCAAAGUCAGGUCACAGGCCUCGAAUCAGUCUGAAUUCUGUACCUUGCCACAAGAGGGCUCCUCUUCACUUAAAACCAAGCUUGAGUACAGCAAGGAAGGACCAUGGUGACAGUGCCAUAGUUGCCAAAAUGAAUCCCAAGGGAAAAGAAAAAGCCAAAUCAGCUGAUAGUCCAUUAAAAUUAAACAGACAGAAAGUGAACAUUUCAAAAAACUUGAGAGCAAAACAACUGAUUAUUUUUACCCAGACCAAAGAAAAAGUUUUGGAAAUUCUUUUAUCUUGUAUAUUAUAUCUUCAGGCUAAAAAUACACAGAAACAAAUCUCAGCAAAAGCAUCACUAAAUUCAAAUAUUUUUAACCCAAUGGUAGAAAAAGGAUCAAGUGAAUUUAAGAUUCUAGAAGAUCAAUCUCCAAGUUCAGAAAGAGUUUACUUGCACACUAAAGGAGGAACAGAUCAUCAAGAGAGUAUGUGUGAGGCUCUUCCAAUGUCUAAUACUCACUGUUUGAUGAAUAUACAUCGAAUUACAACACCACAGAUAAAGAAAGCAUUAAAAUCCCUAGCUAAUCUGGACUAUCAUGCUUUAAAUACAGAAAAGGGAGAACAGAACAACAUGAUAAAAGAACAAAACCAGUACCACCUGUCAUUUUCCCUCGAGAAUUUGGAGGAACAUAUAUCAUUCUCCCAAAAUUAUUCUCAUGUCCAGCAAUAUUUAGAGUUUCACACAAAGGAAGAAUUGUCAAAAGUAGGCAAUGUGUCAAAUAGGACAAAGGGACUAGAUUUAUCAUCUAAAGAUCAACGAAGUACUGUGUGUGAAUGUAGACCAGAGUGGAUUUUCCCCUCAGUUAUUCUAGAGCAAACAAAAGAAGAAGAUACAGUGCUGCCUUUGGAAUCAGGAACUAUAAAAUGUUCAAGCUUUUUGUCAUCUGAAAGAAAGCAGUUAUCUGAUGGAGUACAGAUAAGUAAGUCAGUGUCAAAUGAUAGCUCAACCACACCAAGAUGCAGCAAAAGGGAACUGUCUGAUAGAGCAAGUGAAAAGAAGCAAGAAGUGAGUCUGCCUAAGCUUUUCUUACACUGCUUUUCACUAUGCAUGCAGUUUUUGCAUGAACAUGAAAAACAGAAGAGUAACACAGAAUACCGAGUUUUGAAAGACAUAAUAUUCCCUGAAAGAAAAGCCCUAAACUUGAAGACAUUAGUACUUCCACAUAUUAGUUCCACUGAAUAUACCACAAGCAAUAAAGUAGAACUACAGUUUUACAAAAAAGAGAAAAUGGUAUGCAUAAAACAUGGAGAGGAUAAACCAGGUUCAGUUGUAAUAAAAGCAUGUGAACCCAUCCCUCUACCUCACUUCAAACUGGAUAAAGAGAACAUUGAUGAGCUUAUCUCAAGUAAUGUAAGACAAGAAAAACAUAAAUCACAGGAAGAGAAGAAUGGCAUAAAAGGGGUGGAGAUGAAAGGAAUAAUAGACUCUAAUAUUACCUUAAAGACAGAGAACUCAUCACUGUCUUAUCCUUCCAGUAGAAAGAAAUUAACCUUACCGUUUGACACUACAGAACAACAGGGUAAGGUACAAGAAGGGCUGAGUAAAUCGGACAUGAAACUGACGAAAUCUUUUAUUUCAUUACCACCUAUAUUGCAUCCUAAUUUGAAUUCAAAAAUAAAAGUAGGAAAAGAUAAAUCAAGACUACUAGAGAGCUGCCUCCCACCUCUAAAGCCCCUGCUGUCAUUGAAAGGCAGAAAAGUGCCAUUUUCAAAGACAUUUAGUACAGAUAAUUUAUGCAAGUUAAUAGAAUCAAAGUAUCUUCCACAGAAGAAAGAAUAUAGGAAUAGUAUACCAGAUUUGAAAGAUAUAAUAGGCCUCAUAUGUAUUGCUCAAAAGAGAAAGAAGUCACCUUUUAAGUGCUUACUACGUCGAAAGGAACAAUGGUGGAAUAAUAAAACACGAAAAAUUAUCCAGGGCAAUAAAAAUAAUCUAAAUGUGGUUCAGAAUAAACCUUGGGAUUCUGUUCCUUCUUCACCUUAUCUGAAAUGGGAUCCUGAAAUAAUGGAGGCAUACUUACAAGGAAUAAUGAAGUUCUGCCUUGGAUCACCAGCACUGUCAGAAUUAUCAUCUACAGUGGGACAGUAUCAGGAGUCAACUGACGGUAUUUCAAGCAGUACUGAAAAAGCGAAACACAUACCAUUGAAACACAGGUUGCAAAUAGCUCCCAAGGAAGGGAGGCAUUUCAGGGGACCCGUUCUGAGACAGGAACUGUUUUCUGCAUCACAGGAGUUACAAUUUAAUGUUGAAAAAAAGGCAACAAAGAUGCAGGAAGAUAAACAAAUUAAGAAUUGGAACAAACCUUCCAAAUAUUCUCUUCCUUACUCUGAAGUGGUCCCAAGGAUAAAUGGAGAGGAAACUAUGCAAAUAAGAACCCGAUUUUCUAUUCAUCACCCAAAGCUCCAAAGACCAUCAGAUAUAGAAGAAAUCAUUUAUGCAAAGUCUAACUUUGAACCUUCCUUGAACAGUGUAAAACAUGCCACUAAAUAUGCAUUCCAGAAAGAAGCGGAGAGUACAAAAACAAAAAAAACUAUGCAGUUGAAAGAAAAACCAUCAGUUUCACAGACAAUUCAGUUAGUCAUUACAGAACCAGGGCAAGAGAUACAAAAAAUUAAAGAUGAACUAAAUGUGGUUGAAACCAGUACCAGCACAUGGAUACCUUCUCCUUGUUUAAAAUCAGAUACAAGGAUAGAAAAGGCAGAUAGUAUAACUGAAGCAACACUACACUCUCUUCCAGAACUUCCCCUCCAGAAAUCAUCAGCUACACUGAGUGAAGUAAGUAAAGAGUGGGCCAAAGGUCAUAGCACUACUGACACACAGAGAGGAGAAGACCAUAUGCCACAGAAAACAGAACAUAAAGUAAAAAUAUUGGGUGAGAAAGUCACAAUGCAUACAAAAGAUAAGGACUGCAAAGGAAAUAAAAUAUUCUCCCAGGAUUUACUAUCAAGUCCUAAAGAGCAAGGGAAAAUAGAUCCACAAAAUGAAGAACAAGAAAGAGUGGAUGGAAAGGACAAAAAACAACAGAAUUGUAAUAAUGAUGGCAAAGACCAAAAGAAAAUGGAUCUAAACUACAAAAAAACAGGGAAAUGCAGUCAAGAUGAUAAAGAACAAAAGAAAAUGGAUCUAGAGGGUAAAGAGCAGGGAGAAGCAGGUGGAGAUGGUCAAGAACAAGAGGAAGAUUGUCCAGAAGAUGGAGAGCAAGAGACAUGGAAUCAUAAAUGUGACACUCAAGGGAAAAUGAACCCCAACAGUAUAGAGCCAAGGAAAGCAGGCCAAGAAGGGAAAAGCAAAGAGAAAGUAGCUCCCGAGUAUCUUCCUUCUAAGUCUUCUCAUAAACUAGACAUUGGAACAGCAGGAGAAGAAAACAUGCAAGGAACCAUAAAAUCAGCUAACUCACAACUACAGCACCAGAAAUUACUUGAAACAGGAAAAACUGAAUAUACAGAGUCAACUGAGGAUGAUGGUAAGUCAAACAUAAAAAUUGGGAAACAAUGUGAAUCACAGACAUGGAUGGAUAGAGGGAAAAAUGUGCAUACGAAAGAUGUAAUGCACUCCAAAGACAAAAGUUCCAAUAAAAAUCAGUUACCGCUUUCACAUAUACCCAGUAUCACUGGGCAUUAUGGCCCAAACACAACAGAUGAAGAGACAAAUGUAAAUGAAAACUUGGGACAUGUGCAGGAAAGAAAAUGCAAACUAGGGACUUCGGCUUCUUUACCUCACAGUAAGUUAGAUAUAGAAAUAAAAGCCAAGGAAGAAACAUGGAUAGAAACAAGAUCCUUUUCUCUACACUUACAAAGCAUGGAAUCUUCAGAUGCAGAAAAAUUAAAUUAUAUAGCAUCUUCUUUGAAUGAUAUAAGUGAUUCAAAAAGAUCAAGAUACAUGUCAUAUAAAGAAGAGAAUGGAGUGAAUACUUUUGAGAGAAGCAUGAUGCAUUCCAAGACCAAACAUGUGAACAUAAAUAAGUCACCCCUUUCAUAUGUACCCAAAAUAAAGAGACUUAAAGUGAAUCUUGAAAAGCAAAUUAAAAAUAAGCAAGAAAGCAGAAAGGAAAAAGUCAUGCUCCCAAGCGAAACUCAUUCUGUCAUCACUUCUUCAGAUGCCUCUAAAUUAGACCAAGCAGAGGAAGUUGAAACAGAUCUAAUGCAAAGCCAUGUGCCAUACCCUAUGCCACAAGAAUCACUGCCUGUCAGGCAAGUAGCAUCUACAAAAGCCAUUGCAAGGAAAAGAAAACUGCAUCUACCAUGGGAAGAAGAGGAAGUACAAACCUCAGCCAUUGAUGACUUGACACACCCCAAUGACUCAAUUUUCAAGACAGAGAAAACUGCACCCUAUCUUGUGUCCAGUGUCAAUGAACACAGUACCCUGAGUAAGAAAAAGACUCGUAAGUGGAGUAGUAAUAAAAAAACUGGACAGAAACAGGAAAGAGCAAGACACCCUAAUGUGAUUGUAACAAAAAGUGGUACUUCUGUAUCAUCGCCUGUAGGGCAAGUAGCACCUGCAAAGCAAAUUGCUGAAUGUGCAAAAAAGAGGAAACAAUAUCAAGCACAGGAAGAAGUCAAAACCUCAGCCAUAGAUGGUUUGACACAAUCUAGUGGCCUAGUUUUAAAGGUAUCUGCACCUCCUCAUGUGUUAAGUGUCAGUGAGAACAGUAUUCCCAGGAAGAGGAAGACUCCCUGGAGGAGCAGCAAAGAAAAGAUAGGACAGAAACAGGAAAAAACCAGAGAGUCUAAUGUUUUUGCAACAAAGAAUGAUACUUCUGUUCCUCAUCAUGGAUUGUCUCCUCUACAGGAUGAGUUUCUUAUGACAUCAUGUACAGGUGAACUCGCACGUGUAGGUUCAAAUGAAGGCAUUACCCUACCUAAUGUGAUAAUUAAAGCCAACCAACAAGAGUUAUACACUGAGGCAAAGGUCAGCAUAAGAGAUAAAGACACCAAAGAUACAAUAACUUUGAGAGCAAGAAUAUCCCCACCUGCACAUUUGAAUGACAGAACACCACCUGUUAAUAGUAAAGAGCAAAGGAAAGAAGCUGAGCAAAGCAAAAGUGAACUAAUGAUGGUGGUUCCAAAGGGAACUGCUUACUUGCCUUCUCCAUCUUUCCUGAAGUCAGACACUAGAGUGAGUGAAGAGGAAGAUGUACUAGGAGAAACACAAAUUUCUUUUCUACCACCAAAGAUCCAAGAUGUAUCAGACUCAGAGAAAAUAGCAUGCAUGGAGUCAACAGGUUAUGUGUUAAACAAUAAAAAAGAACCAACACAGGAAGAAAAAAAGAAAAGACCCAGAAAAGACGUGACAGACAAAAAGAUCCCCAAAUCAGUGGAUAAAAAGGGAAAGAAAUUACCACGAUCACAUACACUCAGUAUCAAAGAGUUUCAGAGGAAAAUUCAGGAAGAAAAACUUGUAAAUACAAUUGUAAAAUUUUCCAUCUCACAAUUGCAACUCGAGAAAUUUUCAGGUGCACAGAUGGCUGAUAGGGAAGUUUACAAUGAGAUAAAAUUACUGAAAGAACAUGUACCAGGGAAAGAAAAGCAUAUGGGUGUCAACAGUGUAAUGCAUGCCAAGGAUAUAUAUUUGAAGACAAAGAAAUCACCUGCUUUACCUAUGCAGAAUUUGAGUGACCUUCAGUGGAAAACCAGAGAGCAAGGGGGAAAGGUUGAAGAAGAUGGAAGUAAGCCAGGAGUAACAUUAACUAAGAAGUUGAGUAAGACGUCCACUGCAAUGUCUCACGAACCUAUCCUUACUCCGAAUACUGGAAUCAAGGAAGAAUGUACAUCAAUGUUAACAAGAUCCUCUGUUUCCAUGGGAUACUUGCAGAAAUCAUCAGAUUCUGAAGGAGGCAUUUACAUACAGCAAAUUACUGGAGAUAUUGCAAUCAGUCUACAAAAUGAAAAACAACAUAUGUCAGAGGGAAAGGAAGAAGCUGGAAUGCAAAUAGCAAAGAUCGUAACAACUCACAACUAUCAAGAAACAAAGGUGCAGGGACUUGAAGAUGAACAAGGCUUAGUUCUGACUAAAUCCUUUCCUUUGUUACCAGAUCUGCCUCAUCCAAAAUUGCAUGAGAAAAUAGAAUUCAAUGACACAAAACUUAGAAAUUCUACUUUGCAGAGACUACCAGCUAAAGGAGAAACAGUACCUAGAGAGGCCAUUGUUGGUGAUACCAUGAAAGAUGUUAAAAAAGAACAUAGACCUCAGAGAGAAGAGACAUAUAGAAAAGAAAUAAUAGACAGGCGAGGCACAGAUAUAACUUUGAAAUCACAGAAAUCACUUCUGUCCCAGAAGCUUCACAGAACAGAACUACAGAUGCAUAUUAAUACAUCCAAAUCAAAGGGACAAAACAAUGAAAGUGAACCUCGAGUCUUAAGGAAAAUCUAUACUUCUAAACCCUCUCCAACCGUUAUCUUGUGUAAAGGUGUGAAAGUAGAUGAAGAACACCUAGAAAGUAAACUAUCUUCACCACUCCAACAAAUGUUUCCAGCAUUAUCAGAUACAGAGGAAAUGGCAGACAAAGAGGCCAUGUGUGAUCAUGUCAGAAAAGAAAAACAAUAUACAAAACAGAUAGAAAAAACAGUAGACUUGACAACUGGGGUGCAUUGCAAAAGGACAAAGGUCUUACCAAUUUCACAUCUCCUUAAUACAAAGGAAUUUGUCCUGAAUAUGAAGGUUCUGGAGAAAAAAGUACACAAAGGUAAAAGUGAGCUGGCUGUGGUUGCAACACGGUCUUUCCUGUCCAUGCCAUCACUGCCAUGUAGGUAUUCACAGGACAAAACACAGAAAGGCACAGGAAGAGUUACAGCACACUCUUACCCACAGGGAAAUUUCCAAGAACCAGAAGAUGCCCAGGAAACAGCAACCAGAAAGUCAGCUGAGGCGACAGAACAUAAUAUGCUACAGAAACAAGCCAGGCCACAGAAGUCUGUGACCAGUGCUCAUCGAAUAGGUGAGCAUCCACAAGUUGAAUCAGAGUGUGAGUCAGUCUCCCCAGAUCAUAAAAUUGAUCUCACAAGAUUAGGUACUAUUAAAAGGGAAAAAAUGCUGGACAUGUUCUUCAAAGGGCAAAAGGGUCAGCCAGAAAAGUGUGAAAAAGAAUCUUCAACUGAAAUUGGAAAUUGGAAGAAGGAAAAUGAAAUCAAAGAUAAUUUAAGACACAAAACAAGUUCUAAGUUUCCAGUUUCUCCACUAAAGAAAUCACUCAGGGAAGUACUGAUUAAAAAUAACACCCUUCUAGCAAAAGGAUCUGAAACAGAGAGAGAACAGGAAACCGGUUCAGGUAAAUCUGAUAAGCCAAAGAGAGAUAAACAGAGUAAUGCCACCAUAAGCAACAUAUUAACUCCAGAAAAGACAUCACUUGAAAAACCAAGGAUUGCCCAUUUGAAUAAGUCUCAAAAUAGGGAAGACCAAAAUGUUAACAUGAAAGAACAAACCACACCUCAGUCCAAGAGUGGACACCAGAUAAAGCCAAAGUCUUUUCCUCUUCUCAAUGUUCCAGUUCACAGCAAAAGUCAGAGGAUGCCUUCACAAACAGAUGUGGAUGAGAAAACUGCAGUGACAGUCAGCCCACAAAUACAGUUAGGGGUACACAUGAGUACUGCAGAGUUUAAUGCCACAAGAAGUAAAGAUGAUCCACCAUCAAUUGUUCUGGAACAAGAACAGUAUGAUCUGGCGUUGCCUCAGAAGUCCCAUGAUUCUCUACUGAAAUCUGAACACCUGGAAGACAGGGAUGAAAUGAACAUAAUCUCAGAUGUAAAUCUGAAGCAAAAAAAUCUAGAAAUUGACAGCAACUGUACUGUGAGUCAGAGAGAAGGAAAGUUAAAAACAGAUAGAAGCAGAGGCAUAGACCUAGAAGAGGUCAAUAGAGAAAUGCAGAAGAGCUGUAGUGUCAAUCUGGAGAAUAAAGCCAGGGAGAAUACCAGCAGUACUACAAACUAUGCUCUUCCUUUAGGAACAGAGGAAUCUGAGAUCAAGACUGGGUUAGUCACUCCCAGAGAGAACAACUACCCAUCCCAGAAAAAGCUUAAAAAGGAACUAGAGUUAUCUACUGCAAAGCAAAACCUUCAAGGACUAAAAUUGCUUCAAACAAACAUUUUCGAUUCAUUGUAUCCCUCUAUUCCUAUUUGUCCUAAAAGCCAAAACAGCCGAUUCACAGUAACAAAUCUGAAAAGAGAACUGAAACCCAAAUAUUUAACUCUGAGAAUUCCAAAGCACCCAAUUUCAAAGAUACUUGGUAUCAUAGGAUGUGGUAGUCCAAGCAGUAGGAGGAAAUUAGAAUAUGCCUUCAAUAAACCAAAAACCAUGAUUCCAAGUAGUAAAGAUGUCUCAGGGAUCAUUAUCAGAAGUCUUUGUGUUUCCAUGGUAAGUCCACCUCACACUGAAGGAACAGUAGAAUCCACAACAAAUCCAAGAAGGGAAAAGAGAGUCUGUCAUACUAAAUUCCAGGAGAAAUUACCAGAUGCUAGAGAUAUUAAGGACAUCUUGACAAUUGUAAAAGGGUUGAAUUUUACAAUCCCAUUGCUGCAGGAUUCUCAGCCCUUUGUGGUCAGUGAUCAAGAAACAUGGAAACUUCCUGAUAUGGAGCCAGAAGUAAACCUUGAAUGUGAAAUGGAAAAGAAUUUGUGUCUACAAACAAGAGAAGAGGUUGUUGCAGGGAGUGAGGACUUAAAUAUUACACAUAAACCUGACAUGAAUACCACUGAGCAAGAGGAAAUACAAAAAGACACCAUAACACCCCAAGAAUGCCCAUUUGAAGAUAUAAAGGACACUAUAGAAACUCAUUUGAGAAGAACCCUGAGUAUAAAAUUUCCACCACCAGGGAUACACCCAAUACCUGGGACCCCACUAUUUGAUAAAAUGAGAGAAUGUUUCUUGCUUUCCAAGCAAGGAGAAGCUGCUCCAGGAACUGUGCCCACAGCUCUUCAAGAUAAAAACAACAAAAACAAAACACUCGUAGAACGUUUGUUUCCCGUUUAUGAAACACUUAAAAGUAUCUUUGAAGCCCCUCUUGAAAAUAAGAUUCAAAAUCAAAUUCUUCCUGACAAACUGGGGGAAGUAGGAGCCUACAAGCCUGAUGAUGCAAAGGCAUCUCCUUUGCCAGAUAGUCCAGACACAUCAUCAAAAGUAUCUACCAUAUUGCUUCGCAGACCUCUUUUAAAACAGUUUACUCCUGAAUUAAAAAAUAAGCUAAGUAUGCAUUUGGUUUCUAAAGCAACUGAAAUAAAACUGAAUCAGUUACCAGAGAUGGUGAACAUAUCCUUACAGAAGUGUAACUCUCACCCCCAAAGGGCUACUUCAGAAGAUUACAAAUGCAGGCUUUAUCUAAAACACAAAAAAAUGAAUUUUAGGUCUCCAAAAGCUGGUACUAUAAAAGCUAACUUAAAAAACAAUUACAGAAGAGUUUUUCCUCCUCUCAGCUGUGUAAAGGCACCAACAAUGAAUGUUUCAAGUAGCAGCAAGGUCAUGACAGAAGCAAAGGGCAUCAAAAAGCAAGAAAGUGUAACAUCACUAGAAACUCAGAGUAAUCUCCCAUUGAGUAACAUUCUCCACAAGUUCUCAGAGAAAGAAAACGACGACCUUCUUGUGCACUUUUGUACAAAAACACUGGAGAUACAAACAAUGGGCCUUCCCAGAAUUGUGGUACAAUCUUAUGCAAUGGCCAAUGCCCAGGAUAAAUCAAAACGCUUAUUUAAGUGUAUCCAUUCCACCACCAACAGACCACAACAAACAAACAGAGUUUUAGUACUUUUCGAUAAAAAAUCUUUCUGUGAAAUCGACCGUGAUUUGCAAUACAAAUACCUCUACUCGAUCCCUAGACCUUCUGUCCCUGUGGUCUCUAAGCCAAAGGUACUUUCCAAACAUACUUCAAAGUUAAGUAUGGGUUUAGGCUCAGUAUGUAAAACAGUAGAAGAUAGUGAGAAAAGUAAUACUCUUUCAUUUGACAAAGAUCUUUUACAACAUAUUUCUUUCCGAAAGAAAAAUCCACAAGAAAGCUCAUUACUCACCAGAAAAUUCCAGGAGCCAACCAAGGUACCUGCCUUUUACCCUGGUCUACAAGGCACAAAACAGAAUGACAUGAUAGUUCUUUCGGAUUUAAAAUUACAGAUGACACCAGAAAAGGAUAAUCAAUGUCACGUAUGGUUUCAAGAAAGCAAUUCAUACAAGCAUUCUGUUUCAGGAACUCAGCAAAAUACUGUUGAUUUAGCCGAUUCACAUUCAUCUUUGAUUUCUGAUGGCUGGAACAAUGAUGUCCCCUUAAAUACUGAGACUUCAACUGACUUGGCAGAAUAUCCAGCUCAUGAAGAAACUGACAGUGAGGAGUGUGUAUUUAUAGAAACCAAUUUUUACUUAACUCAAGAUUCACAGAAGUUUCUGUUUGAGGUACCUAAAGGCAUUCCAUUGGCAGAUGUUCACAAAGCGGAAGAAGCAACCUUUUUGAAACCAUUUUACCAUAAAGAUCCAAAUGACCAUCAUACUAUAACCCUUAGAAAACACACCUCCCCUGUGGCACAACCUUUCCAUCAGUCUCGAAAUAGUAGGAAACAUAGGUCAGACUCCAAAAUGCAGUCCCCUGACUGGUUGUCUCACGAUUUGUCCAAUACUGUGGAAAUAGAGUCUACAUCAUCUUCCAUAACAUUCAAUAAAGAGAAGCACUGGACCACAACCACAUGGAGCAGAACAAGCUACUCUUUAACCUCCUCAACAACUGAAUCCAAUAUUAAAUUGAAUCUUGCAAAAAAACACAGCAAGUCUUAUAUGUACCCACAAGUCAAAGAAAGAAGGAAGACUAAAUCUUAUUUAUGGAGAAAGUCCAAUAUCGAUCAGAGUUCAAAUUAUAGUCACUCACACAAUGAAGAGAAACACCUAAGGAAGAAAAGACUAUAUCAUUACAAAUCAAAAGAAUCAAAUCCACAAGCCAAUCAGAUGACAGAGUCAAAUGCUCAUUGGCAGAAUAUCAAAUUCUAUUCAGAAAGAAGAGAAAAUCAGCCUUUUUUUUAUGCCUGUAUACCAGCAGAUUCAAUGGAAGUUAUCCCCCAAACCAUACGCUGGGUUAUCCCCCAAAAAAUCUUACAGAAAAGAAACUUCCAAGUUCCUCGAGUGGCAAAUAUUUCAAAAUCUUGGAAUCUAUGUAGUUCAUCCAAAAAGCUGUUGGGAUCACUUGCAGGGGCCUUUAAUACAGUCCAUUAUGGUUGAUAUCAACUUCAUGUGGAUUCUUCUGAAUUGGAACUCUGUUUGCUACUGUGAUGUUCAAUGAAAAUAAAAUAGUAGAACGUCAUAUUCCCUUGA